UAAUCAGUUAAAAGAGGAGCUCUGAUUUGGUCGGAUCAAUUCAAAUCGUAUCAUUACGAUGAAAUUGCAAAGAACCUUUAUUUUACUCUGCUUUUUGGCAUGGUUUGAGGGAUAUAACUGUUUCGUUUUCGAAGCAAUUGACAUGAUCUCUAAUUUAUACGAUUACGGCGUAAAAUUGAAAGAACUAUUUGAAAAGGAAGAUGACUCGGGAGAAAAGCUCGACAACAUCAUUGGCAAUCUUACUGACUUGUCUAAAUCAGUGGAUAAACAUUUGAAUGACAUCAUUGCUAACCAAGAAAUCGCUCCUUUACUGACCAAAUGGUGGUCUUUAAGAGUUCAGUUUGGCGCCAAAAUGGAUGCAAUUUAUCGAGAUAUUCCUCGUAACUUGUCUGAUGUUGAAUGCAAUGCAAUUGCUAACAGCGUCAUUGGCGAUAAUGCGGAUGCUAUUCAUCAAAUAAUUCAACAGUUGCAUGAUACACUCCUCACACACGACAACGGAGCUUUAUUCAAGUACAUGACGAAAAAAAUAGAGGCGACUUCUGUUCCUUUUGACACGAUGAUAUACAAGUUUUACCUGGCUGUGAUGGCUCUUGAAGCGGAAGCUGCUAUCGGUUUAGAGUUUCAAUUUGAGGUUUUCAAGCAUGUACAUCCCGAUCACAAUAUGGAACGACAAGAUUUCGAAAAGAGUAAAUCAAAGCAACGAAUUGAAAAAAUCAAGACAACGUUUAAAAAUUUCUUCAAGGCAAAAAAGCCACACAUAAAAAGAGAAACUUUUAAAAUGAGCAACGCUCCAUUUCAAUUCUUUUGUACAGAUCGUCUUUAUACAAGACCAGGAUAUGUAAUUACUGAUAUAACGUUUGAUUGCUAUUCUGAAGUUCGUCAAUAUUUGAUUCAAGUGCAUUAUUGGUAUACUAAAGUUCAGUUCAGUAAGGUAGGUUCAUUCGGUUUAGUUGAUCCUUCGACAUCUGUAUGGGUCAAUAAUUGUUGUGGCAAUAGUAUUAUUUUGCCAACGAAUUUAACAUUGGAAACAAAAAACGUACCAUCAAGCAAUGGAACUUAUCAUUAUGCUCUAAGUGAAAUUAAUUACGUUGCACAAUACGAAGGUCCUGGGAUGGACUUAAACGUUAUGUUCUACAAUUAUGAUACAUUUCAAUUUCAAUAUCAAAACGAAACUCAAAACAAUAAAAAAACAGGAACUCACACUCCAGUUCAAAAAGCAAUUUUAUCAGUUUUACUUUUAGAUAAAAAGCUUAUUGUAGAGCUCCAUAGAUUUGAUUACAGCACUCUGAUGUAACAUCCUUUUAUGUAUUCAAUUUUAUUGGAAGGUUAGUCGCAAUAUGUUUUAAAUUAAAUCAUUAUGUAGAGCUUUUCUGUUUUUUUUUACUUAUAGAUAUUUUCGAAAAAUAAGUCAAGUUACAUACUUGUUAAGUAACAAAAUUUUUGAGAACAAAAAUUUAAAUUUGAUAGAUUUAUUUCAGAAUAAAUAUAAAUGCCGAUUAGACGUAAAUAAACAGAAAUCAAUCUUUUAAAUGAAAAAUUUUCUUCUUAAAAUUUUUUACUUUUGUUACUUUUUAUUUUUUUUUUAAAAUAAUUUAAUUAAAUAUUUUCAACCCAAAUAUCGAUCAGAUCU